CUCCCGCACGAACAAACGAGGGGAACUGUUGAACUGUGUCGAACAGCGUCGUCGGGAGGCCGCCGUUUCUCGUGGGAAGCGCGUCAUUUAUGUGUUACCAAGAUAGUCUGCGGAAACUCGACGUUUAAUCGAACUUACGGACGCAACAUAACGCAACACAAUCGAGCAUGAGGCGCAAGAGUGAAAGGAAUAAAGCAAAGGGAUCUCCAGAGAAGAAAGUGGAAAAACCAACGAGAAAGUCAACGCGUAGGCGUGGCCGGAGAUCGCCUUCUACUUCGCCCGAGCAAGAUGCUUUUGUUGAAGAUGCACCUAAAAGUACCGUUCCACUCAAGGAGCUCGAGAAGGAAACGAUCGUACAUACGCGCCUGCAGAGCAAGGAAUUAGAGCAAACGCAUGGACGCGAGGAAAAAGUUUCCUCGAGUGAUAUAAACAUAAAGGUGGAUUCACCCGAAGACGAGGACAACGGCGGCUCGGUGUGGAAAGUAGCGAGAGCGGAUGCGUCACCCGGUGAAAUACAGAAACUCAAAUUAUGUAGGCAGCGCAACACGUCAGAACCAUCAUCAGACACGCCACCAUCGAGCAGGAAAGGCGUCAAGUCAACUAGCAAGUGGCAAGAAAGUGGUGAGGGCGUUGCAGAGGAGGCUGACUCGGCCGAUGAGCAACUGGUUUCUUGUACAAGAACGCUCAGUAGCGCUGAACAGCCGAACGAUCCCUCCUCUUCAUACCCAGGUCAGGACUCCAACGAAGAGGUAAGUGAUAGCAAGGAGAUCCUGCCUGAAACCACUUCAGCCAACUUGUUGUCUGACGAUAAACCAAACAUAGAUCAGCAUGGUGAAUCAAAUGAGGCAAAUUGCACUGCCCAAAUAGUUGAUAUCGAACCUGGUAAAGCCGGUAUCGAGCCGGGUAGCCCAACAACCGCGCUGGCUCCUAGCACAAACGGUGAGGAGACCGUCACCGCUGUCGUCGUUAAGGAAGCUAAUCCUGUAGAAGACAUCAGUGAAACGGCAACGGAAACAUUUAUCAAAGAGGCUAGCGUGGAAAAUGUUCGUAAAGAUUCGAGUAGCGAGGAUGAGGAAGAGGAGGACGACAAGGCAAAAACGCAUCCUCCAGUAGACUCGUCAUCCGAGUCAAACGACGAAUCACACAAAAAAAGCAGGACAAGUAGUGACCGAACAUCGCCACGCACGAUUCGUAGAAAACAUCGAAAUAAAUAUAGAGAUUCGUCUAAUUCAGAAACACCUGAUUCUGAAGAUGAACCUGUUGAUAGAAAAGUCUCUGAACCUUAUGUGGAGGAGGAAGAAGAGGAAAAACCGAGUACAGAAUAUUCACAAGAGAAUGAUAAAGAACGAUCAGUAUCGCCGGAAAGAACAAAUUCUCAUUCAAAUAAUGUAGAAAAGAUGGAAAUCGAACACAGUGAAACUAUUGAAGAUAAAUUGGAAGAAAAUAUAACUGAAAAAUUGGAACAACCUGCACCGGCUAAUAUUCAGGUGGUCGUUCAUAAACCUGUUAAAGUCAACUUGAAAAGAUCAUUCUCAACAAGAAUAUUAUCUGAAAAGAAUGAAGUGAAAAGAGAUGAUACUGAUGCAAGUAUCGACAAUGAGUCCAGUACUCAAAAUAAGGAAAAUGGCAGCGAACAAGAACCAAAAAGUGUGCCGAGAAAACGUCGAUGGGGAACUGCGCUUUCUACGGAUACCGCGCCUUCGUUUUCUAUAUCGACCGAUUCGCUUAAGGCGUUGGUGCCAGGUGCGAAACCAUUAUCCAUUAACGAAGUUCGUCUCUCAAAGGACGAUGACGAGGACAGAGAUCGACAUAGGAGUAAUGAUAAACGGCACAAUUCUAGUGAUAUUAUGAAUGAUAAGGCAAUGGAUGAAAAUUUGCAGAAAAAUGGCGCCGCCAAAAAGGGCAACGGAAAAGUAGAUAAUCAUAUCGCAACGAGACGAAAAAUAUCAAUUGUAAAGGAGAUGCCACACAUAAAAUCACCAAGUCCACCAGCAUCUAAACCUACCAAUAUCCUUUUGAUCAAGAAUCUAGUUCGCCCUUUCACACUAAAUCAAAUCAAAGAACUUCUCUCGCGCACUGGCACCAUCGUGGAAAAUGGAUUCUGGAUGGAUCGAAUUAAGUCUAAAUGCAUUGUCGAAUAUUCCAAUGAGGAUCAGGCUUUUGAGACAAGGCAGGCACUUCAUGGAAUCUCUUGGCCUCUAUCGAAUCCAAAGAAGCUUCAUGUGGAAUAUGCUACAAAGGAAGAUAUGGAGACUGCCCGAGAAUCAUCCAAGGAACAACCGGUUGCUCGUAAGACCGAGCCACUCUCAUCGGAUUCGUGGCAACAGGAUUGGAGUCGUGACGAAAAAACUAAUAUAACCAAGGUAACCGUGGUGAGAGAAUGGGAUUUAGGGAAGGAGGACGGCCAGCAACACAUCCGGGAGAAAGAACGUGAGAAGAAGGAGCACGAUAAAAAGCGGCGAGUGAGGAGUCGCACCCCAACGUUGGACGCGCAUCUAUCGGCACCGGCUCGCAAGUUCAAGAAGAAAGAAGACGAUCCACCGCCAGCCAAGCUUUUGGACGAUCUCUUUAGAAAGACGAAGGCGACACCUUGCAUAUACUGGUUGCCGCUUACAAAUGAACAGAUAGUCGUAAAGGAGGAGAUGCGACGGCAACAUAUGGCGGAACAUGCGCGCAGAUUAGAAGAAAUGAGACGUGCUGACAGAAACAGGGAUGGUCGGCGUCGACGUAGUCCCAGAAAAUAGAUUUAAAUGUACCUUUCUCCCUUGACCUGACUUAUCCUAAAUUUAAUUUUGCUUAAAUUGACUCAUUCUAUUCAACUUUUCGGAAUUCUAUUUCUUGUUAUCGAUAUAUAUUGUUUAGAGAUAGAUUCUUUUUUUUAUCAUUCAAGAAUAUUUAAAAGUUCACAUUCAACAUUUAUUAUAUUUUGCUCCAUUUUCUUUUUGGUUUUUUAAAUUUCCUCUUUAAUCUCCGUAUCUCUUUUUCCUGUUAGUUUAAUUUCAGAUACCAUUCAAUGCAUGAUUAUCAGAUGUCCUUUCAAUUCCUUACUUCCUUUCCUCAUGCAUCAGAAUUAAACCGUACUUCUUACAGGUCAACAUUUAUCUAUCCUACAGAGAGCCAAUAACUGUAGAUCAGACGCGGUAUAGUGGUACUGUGUAUUUGCGUCGACUGUUCAUGGCAAAUAAUACCAAAUCACUAUGAGUAUCGAGUAUGUUGAAACUACACGUGACUCGCACGGUCGGAGCGUCCACACGGAAUAAUUUUACAACGUGGGAACUUCUUGGAAGAAAGAAGAAAAUAGAUGAGACACAUUGAAUGUUGGAAUAGACUUGGCAUUCAUGAGAAUAUCGUUCGUUCCUUCACCGUUUUUUCUUGUUUUCUUUUUUUACGAAUCGAACUCUGACACAAGUACGUUCAAAUGGAGAAAUGAAAUCGUUCGAUGCAAUCUGGAUGGAAAACACUGACGCCGAAACGCAGAAGGAAUUAUUAUGAAGACAUUUCUGACAUUAUUGAUGGCUAAAAAGACGGACUUACAUCUUGACGUUAAAUAUUUGUAGUCUGCUUUGGUUCGUCCUCGAGCUCAACAAUUGCCAACCGACCUUGAUAACGGCUACAUUUGGAAGCAUCGCGUCAGUGUCUACAUCAUAAUAUAGCACAGGGCGGAAACAUGUCUGUAAAUAUAACCAAUAUUUCUUGGUGUGACAUGUAAGAUUAUUAAUAAAUCCUAAAAAUGAUGAAAA